GCUUUGAUGCAGCGCCUCAGCAUCUGUUUUCUUUUCAGAGGCAGAACGACGAAUGUGGCCCGAAGACAAGGGCAUGACUUCAUAAUGGAAUGGGACGCAAAACUCAUUCAAAACAGUAUGUUAAAGAAUCUGAGGCUUUGAAUCGCGCUAUCACUGCGUUAGUCAUCGCAGACGAAACCCCUUUCUAUCUGCUGAACUGACUGCAGCUGCUUUUUCAAGCGAUCUUUUAUAUAUAUUUUUUCUCUCUGAGGGAUAGGCCUAUGCCCACUGUAAUACGCAAUUUGAAAACGGGACGCGUGAUGCAUUUUUCUGUUUUAUUUCAUUAUUACAUUUGAACGUGAAACCGUUUGGCGAUGGGGAAGAGCAUGAAGUGAUUGUCAUUUUGUCGGCGUUUGGGGGAGUGUGGUGACCGAGCUUUGGUGUCGGGGUAGGCUAUAUCAUAGCGCUCCAAUCUUAAAUAUCCUUUUUGUGGUGGAGCCCUUCGCAAUCGACAUAUUUCUCUCCGUCUCUGGUAAGUGGGGGAGGCGGAGAGAGACAGGGCAGUGGGAAAAGGCGGUUUAUUACCCGUGGAACAAAACACUGUUUCGUUAGGGGCAUGAAUCGUAUGCAUUUUUUUUUGCAAGUGGACUAUAAAACGAAUUGUUCACUGCAGCAUUUGGCGUAUUUUCUCUGCGGCGAAUGAUAAAGAAAACCAUCAGUGCUGAGCACGGCGCCCACCCGACCACUGCAAUUUUUGGGCAAAGAUAGACUGGCGUCGUCUUGCGGAUAGGCUACUAUGGCAGCAUAGGAGCAUCUUCUGAAUGGGAGAAUCCAUGAAUCCCUUGCAUUUUAGAAUGUGUUUUUAGCAGAAUGCAGUGAUGGGAUUUUAAACCCAGCCUCAUUACGCGGUUUCCGGUUCCUAGCUGGUAUUUCCACAUUGCAAAAUUAUUGGAAAAAACAGCGGAUCCCGAUGGCAUGGACACUUACGCAAGGUCUGCCGCGCCGCCGUGCUACUGGAGCCUAUUUGCUGUCUCUUCCUUCCACCCAGCUCCACCGCCAUCGCCCCGCAGCCCAGAGAGCCCUGCCGCAACGCGAUCAGCCACCACCGAGCCAAAGCAGGCGGCAUGAGGCUUGAUUCAGUACAUUUAUCCAUGCUGGUCAUCGGGGUCUCCUUCGCCUGCUACUCCCCGAGUUUGAAUUCCCUGCAGGACCAGGCUUACAAAUCCGCUGUGGUGAUCGAGGGCAAGGUGCAGUCCGCGCCUCUGAACGUCUCAGCGGAGCCGUACGGUGUGAGUGUCAAAGUGCUGGACGUGUGGCCGCGGAACAGCGGGGGUCUAGGACGGGAGCAGCUCGUCACCGUGGGGGAAUUCGGAUCGGAGGCUCCGUGCACCACAGUGAUAAAGAAUCACAAGUACAUUUUUUUCAUGGACCCAACCGAGGAUCCCUUGGUUUUCAAGGCAUCGUAUGCUCCCCUAGAUACUAGUGGGAAGAACCUAAAAAAAGAUGUUGGGAAGAUAUUGUGUGAAAACUGCGCUAUUGCCCCAAAGUUAAAGCGAAUGAGGAACCCACUGAUGGUAGACGAGGGAAGCAGGCUCACGGUCAAAUGUGAGGCUACAGGGAACCCCAGCCCUACCUACAAAUGGUUCAAAGAUGGCAGUGAGCUCAAGAAAAGCAGAGAGGUCAAAAUAAAGUCCAGCCAGAAGAACUCCAGGGUCCAGAUCAGCAGAGCCAAGCUGGAGGAUUCUGGGAAUUACACGUGUGUGGCAGAGAACCUUCUGGGGAACUCCAACUCCACCAGCACUGUUCAUGUCCAAAGCAUAACCACCACACUAUCGCCAGGCUCGGGCCACGCCAGAAGAUGCAACGACACCGAGAAGGAUUACUGCGUGAACGGCGGCGACUGUUACUUUAUACAUGGUAUCAAUCAGCUCUCCUGCAAGUGUCCGAAUGACUUUACUGGCGACCGCUGUCAAAACUACGUUAUGGCCAGUUUCUACCAGCAUCUUGGGAUUGAAUUUAUGGAGGCGGAGGAGCUCUAUCAGAAAAGAGUCCUGACAAUCACGGGUAUCUGCGUGGCUCUGUUGGUGGUGGGAAUCGUGUGUGUAGUGGCCUACUGCAAAACCAAGAAACAAAGGAAGAAGAUGCACAAUCACCUGCGGCAGAACAUGUGUGCAGAUCACCCCAACCGGAACCUAGCGAAUGGACCCAAUCACCCAGGACCUGGCCCUGAGGAGAUACCCAUGGUAGAUUACAUCUCAAAGAAUGUUCCUGCAACGGAGCGUGUCAUACGGCACGGAACAGUGGCUUCUUUCCCCGGCAGCCACGCGUCUUCCAGAUCUCACAACUCCUAUACCCAUGCACGCUCAUCCACUCACAGACACGAGGAGCGGACGUGGAGCCUGGAGCGGACUGACAGUGUCCUCUCGGACUCGCCGGGCAUGAUGUCGUCCUCCGUGGGGACCAGUAAAUGCAACAGUCCUGCGUGCAUGGAGGCCCGGGCCAGGCGUGCCGCACACUGUGGCUUUACUGUGCCCCACCGGCCGGGAUUGCAGUACGGAGACUCGUUCGACUCGCUGGGGGACUCUCCACACAGCGACAGGUAUGUGUCGGCCCUGACGACACCGGCCCGCCUCUCUCCAGUGGACUUCCAUUACUCACUGCCCCCGCAGGUGCCUAUCUUCCAGAUCACCUCCCCCAACACCAGCCAGGCCAUGUCCCUGCCGCCAGCCGCCCACACCCGCUACCCUCUGGAAGAUGACCAGCCUCUGCUGCGGCGCUACCAGGUGCCCCUGCACGACGUCCAGCGCCAGGAGCCCUACCGGCAGCAGCGCCGCACCUACCUGAACGACAGCACGGGCAGCCUGCCCUCCAGCCCCUACCGGCUGGCUGAGGAAGAAGACUACGAGACCACGCAGGAGUACCUGUCCUCCCGAGAGCAACCAAAGAGAAGUGGGCCUGGUGGUGGAGGGGGUCGGCGCUUGCGGAGGUCCAGGCUGAACGGCCACGUAGCGCCGCGAGGAUACGAGGCAUCACGGGACUAUGGCUCUCGCAGCUGCCUGACGGACAGCGAGUCGGAGGAGGAAGAGGGCGAGAGCACGCCCUUCCUCAGUAUGCAGAAUAUGAACGCGGAGCCCUCCACCAUCUACAGGCCAGCCGACAGUCGGACUUCUCAGUCGCACUCUACGGGGCGGCACGGUGCACGCGGGAACGUACAGACCAGACAGACGCACUCGCGGUCCAAACCGGACAAUGCACCCCACUAAAGAACGAAGUCGACCUACCAACAAAAAAUCUAUAUACUAUAAACCUGCACCUAUAAGAAAUAUUUUUAUUUUAUAUAACUGACAGAUAUUCUAAACAAAUGAAAUAUUUAUUUUCAUUUUAGCAAAAGUUGUCUACUAGUUAACAGCAAAGACUUUUUUUAUAGGGAAAACUCUAUUUAUAUGUACAUUUUGAUUUACAGCAUAAAAACACGUGCCAAUUUUUUCACUACUUAAAAAAUAGAGUAAUAUUGUGGUGCCUUUUGCUGUGUGCCGAUGCCAGAGGACCAGUGGAGAUUUUUGCUGUGUGCCGAUGCCAGAGGGCCAGUGGAGAUUUUUGCUGUGUGCCGAUGCCAGAGGGCCAGUGGAGAUUUUUGCUGUGUGCCGAUGACAGAGGGCCAGUGGAGGUUUUUGCUGUAUGCUGGAUGCCAGAGGGCCAGUGGAGAAUUGUUGCUGUGUGCCGAUGCCAGAGGGCCAGUGGAGAAUUGUUGCUGUAUGCCGAUGCCAGAGGGCCAGUGGAGGUUUUUGUAGCCUUUUCUUAUAUGGACAUCAUUUUUUUUAUACACGUUUCCUCUUUUGGCUUUUUUUUUUCUUUCUGGGAGUCUAGCCCCAUUUGAACAUUACUCCUCCCCUUCCACAUCAUGCAAUAUAAACCACUUAAUCAUAAGGUGUAUGUUUACAUUAAUAUCAUUUGCCUAUAGGGUUUAUCAUUUUUGGCAUCCAAUAGAAAAUCUGAUAAAUGCAACACAGGUCCUUUUUGCUCUCUGAGUGAAGGAGUGUGUGUGGGCAUGUGUGUGUGUGUGUGUUGUACCAACUCAUUGCUCUAUUGGGCACCAAAGCAAGCGGAAUCAGUAGAGGAAAGCUGCUGAUGCACAGUGAGGCCCAACCUGGGUUCCAGGGUUGUGCUGCUGUUGGGUAGAGAGUUCUGUUGGGUAGAGAGUUCUGCAUGUUGUUGCUUGAUGUGUGUUUACAGCUGCCUCACCUAACCUCAACCACCCCACCCCGGCCAUCCUUGUCCCAACAAGGUAAGGCUUGUCUAAUGUCCCCCUCCUUGACCCAACAGGGUAAGGCUUGUCUAAUGUCCCCCUCCUUGACCCAACAGGGUAAGGCUUGUCUAAUGUCCCCCUCCUUGUCCCAACAGGGUAAGGCUUGUCUAAUGGCCCCCUCCUUGUCCCAACAGGGUAAGGCUUGUCUAACGGCCCCUCCUUGUCCCAACAGGGUAAGGCUUGUCUAAUGUCCCCCUCCUUGUCCCAACAGGGUAAGGCUUGUCUAAUGUCCCCCUCCUUGUCCCAACAGGGUAAGGCUUGUCUAAUGUCCCCCUCCUUGUCCCAACAGGGUAAGGCUUGUCUAAUGUCCCCCUCCUUGUCCCAACAGGGUAAGGCUUGUCUAAUGUCCCCCUCCUUGACCCAACAGGGUAAGGCUUGUCUAAUGUCCCCCUCCUUGUCCCAACAGGGUAAGCCUCCAACGUCCUGGCUUAUCUGUGAUUCUGAAGAAGAAAUGCCACUUGUCAGUGUACAGUAGCAGUUAGUCUGCCAUCAGUGAUAGUGGCUCAAUACAAAGAGACUUUCUCCCAUGACCCCCAUGCCGCCUCUUCCUCACCUGUCCGUUUUGUCCCCGUGGUCAGAGUAAAGGGCCGCACAGCGUCUCAGGACUUCCACCCCCCCCCCCUCCCCCCUCCACCAUCAGACCUACCUAGGACUUAAGGUCCCCCCCAAGGACAUUAAGGUCACACCCAACUUGCUAUUCCUCUGAGCACUCCCAUCUAGAGAAAAGUAAAGCAGUGUUGAACAGAACAGAACACACUACACCAAUACAAGAUAAAAAGCUGUGAAACUUUGGAGGGUCAUAAAAUGCCAAAAUAUGCAAACUUUCCAUUUUGCUCUGUCUGACAUCAUUUUCUAAGAGGCGAUUGUAGUGUGUUGUGUGAAACCUAUGUAAUGCCUGCAGUGUAGAAGAAGAAGAAGCACCAUGAUAGGAAUACAUAUUUACAUCAUUAUUAUAAUUUUAAUGCAGUUAUGCAGCCAUUGCUCAAAUUGUCAAAACAUUUUUUUUGGGGGGGGGGGGUUCAUGAAUUCUUAUCUCACUAUGUCGAGACCAAGCAGACAACACACAAGUCUACAGGAAUGACUAACCACUUUAAAGGGUCUCAUACACUAACGUCGAGCGCUGCUCAGUCUUGUGGAUAAGGAUAGGUAUUUGUUGCCUGUUAUGAAGUAUGUCACUAAAAGUUAACAAACUGUUUGUUCAAACUUCUCUGUCCUCCACUCCAAAAGAAAUAUUGCAGGAGCUUGUUUUGGCAAUCCAUUUGAAUUGUAGUGACAGAAAACUGUUGAUAAUCUUGCAGAACUGGUCAUAUACAUUUUGAAACGUAACCAAAAAAACUCUAAUGACUGUACCAGGACAAAUCAUCUGCUUAAUCUAGAUGACAACCAAACUGACAAGUAGGUUUUGAAACAGAACGUGUAUCUGUUGUAUGAUGAAAGGCAGAGUGACACAGACACAUAGACACUGGUUUUCACUGUCUCAUCUCCCCUAUGGAUUCUCUCUCCUUCCGGGUCCUUCACAGUCUGGGUCUAAUUUUGUAUGUUUGAAAAAAAAAUGCAAAAGUAGACCGUGCUUCUUUAGUUAGUUUAAAUGUGAUACCCCCACCCCCAUCUUGCCCCUCUCCUCACCUGACAGAAGUGCUGCCAGAUUCAUCCUGUGUUUCCUUUUUUCUUCCCUCCUCGCUUGAAAUGUUUGAACACCUCUCCUCUGCAUGUGCUUGUGGUCAAGGUUAGAUGGCGUGCAUGGUGAAGAAGCAGCAGACAUUUUUUUAGUUUUUGGUCAGUGAAAGUGUAUUUCAUUUCACAUUCAGCAAUAAAAAAAAGCCCCCCCCCCCCCCCCCCCCCAUGUCCAUUCUUGGAAUAUGCUAGAAAAAAUGUGAGAUUGUCAUAGAUUGUUAAAUAAAAUGAAAAAAUUAUCCACCUGUUCAUAUGAUAAAAUAAAUCUUGAUUCAUAUCAUUUUAACAUAAGCGGUCAUCCUCUGUGCAGGGCUUUGGUGUGUUUUGAGAUAUCCUUAGCCAUUGGGUUGAGGUAUGACUGGUUUUGGGGAACUUCCUGCUUGUGACAUACUGUUUGUUUCCAGUAUCUGAAGUGUGUGUGCUGUGAUACAUCUCUUGGACAGUAACCCUGUCCAAGUGUGCCAUUUCUCCAAUAUCUUGAGAUAUGGGACCACAGAAACCAGGGGAAACAUUGUUCGUUCUCUGUUACGCACAAGGUAAGAGUUAGGAAAAAUGCUCCCUUGUACACACAAACUAAUGAAUAGUGUACUAGACUGUGUGUCUGCUAAGGACACCGUGUAUAGUUUAGGUAGACUGCUGGUACUGUACAAGAAACAGGCAUACACGAGUUUGAGUGUCAAAAUGUACACACUGGAAACAGGACACUUUUGACACUGUAGUACUCCAGCUGCUCACACUGUGGUUCAAUGUCAAAACAAUUCUUUCUGACUUCUCGCAAGACAUUUCCAAGACCUUCAUCUGGCUUUCAUCAUCGCGAACACAUUUAUUUCCCUUCGAUGACCCUGAUCAACUAGCAGUUAUGUGGCGCUAGUUCUCACCGGUAAAUCCUGACAUGCUAAAAUUUGGAACACGUGUGUCAUGUUAUUUCACUUCUGUCAAACCAAUUUUAAAACAAGUCAGUGAGUGAUUUGGGGAUUUCACCUCGAUACUGUGAGAGGACUCCUUGGAAUAUACCGCAGUAGUAUUUGAUCCUAUUCCAAGUACUGCUAUUAUUGCCGACUGUUUCCCACUCAUUUAAAGAUCAACACGCAUUGCAACAUGUUGAACUCGCUCACACACAAAUCUUGCAUUCAUGGUACCUUUUUCAAAGCGACGCUUGUAAAUCAGUGUCCCAGACUGCCAGCCUUUGCAGGGAGAGCGCAUGCUUGAGAAACAGCAUUUUGUUUUCUCACAAACUCUUAAACAUAUCUGUCAUGUCCACUUUACAACAGCCUUAUGAAGGCUAAUGGCGGGUUCAAUCAAAGAGUAACCAAUUUUCACCACUUUUCUUUAUAUUUUGCGAGAAAUGUACCUGCUGACCCUUCGCAUCCUUGGAAAUCAAUCUGAAUUGUGGCUAUCAAAUGCUAGAGAAGUGAUUGCUUCCUAGGGAAUAUUGUGCGAUAUUUCUCCAUGCUUCAUUCAACUGUUCAGAUCAAUUUGGCAUCUCUGUGCUUCUCUGUUCCAGUACAUCUGCUUUGCACGUCUUUGCAAGGUCUGUGAAAACAGCAUUACUGUAAAUAUUCAAGGCCAGCGGUAGACUCUUUGUCCAUUCGCAUCAAUUGUCACGUCGGGGAGAACUCAGCCUCUUUUUAUCUGAAGAAUAUGGGACUGAACGAACGUCUGUCUCGUCAGUCACGGAUUAGAACACCAUCUAUCUUGUAUUUCCAGUAUGCCUUGCCUUACAGACAUGACUCACUCGCAGCGCUUAUGGGGAAAAGAAGCCCUCUCUUGGUAGGGAUUAUUAUUUGUUAGUCCAUUGGCAGGUGAAGGGUGGAUCUCUGGGAAAAUAAAUCGCACCGCUGCAUUACCUCAUCCUGUUCCCAUCAACUUGGGUCAAGAAGCCUCUUUCACUAAUUUGAUAGAAGACAUGAUUAUCCAUGUUCAUUAUUAUUUAUUUUUGUUAUCCGAUAAAAUGGACCAGACAGUGCAUGUCCAUUGACGCACAUGUUUGCUUAUAAAACACACACACAGUAAUAAACCGUGACUGCUUCCUAUCAUUAUUUGAUGCUUGUAAACCUCUGAUGGUAUUUCCUUGGCUAAUAGUUUGGUGUGGAACCCUUCCAAGUGCAUGCUUUGUCAAAGCAGGCCUUGUGAGGGAGGGCCUUCCUUCCCCAGCACUGUUAGAGCCGGGUGUGGCCGUGGAACCUAACCCUCCACUGAUUGCUCUGUAAUUGCAGGUCAGCUCCGCAUGGAUUCACCUUGUAACAACUGAAUGAGUAUAACAUGUAAGGAUAACAUAGUCAUUCAGUCGGUCUCCCCUCUGUCUCGCAAUGGAGUUGUGCAUAGUCUGACCUGUUACAGGUCCCAGUCUAGAGUCUGGUUUUACAUUUCCUCCUGAAAUGUGUAUUCAGGUCAUGUAUUCCAGCAAAAACAAAACCAAGGUCAAGAAUAAAUCCUAUUUUCCUUCCUAGUGUGGAUCAGGCAAGAUAUCUCAUACACUAAAAAUACUUAUCGUCUGCAAUGAAGGCCGCUGUUCCUUGCAUUGAAGACGACUAGAUGGUAAUAGGUGUUUCCAAACAUUGCUAAAUGUUUUUGUUUUAAUUGGGAUUGCAUUUGAAUGCAAUCAUUAACCGGUGAACUUUUUGGUGUUUUCAUUUAGGAUCCCCCAAUAGCUGUUGUCAAAGCAGCAGCUACUCUUCCUGGGGGGGGGGGGGGGGGGGGGUCCACACAAAAUGUGACAACGGCUCAAGGACAGAACGACAUUAAAAAAAAUGUUUUAAAGGCCUACGUAGCCUACAGUACAUAUCAAUGCAUAGACACAAACGACCUGGGGAGAGGCGUUGUGUCGUGAGGUGUUGCUUUAUCCGUUUCCUUUUUGAAAGCAGGUUUGCUGUUCCCUUGAGCAAUACGAGAUGGAAGUUCCGUGCGAUCGUGGGGGUAAAUCAAGCACAACGGCCAGAACACUUCAGCACUUCAGAGAUCAGAAGAGUCUUUCAUGUCCGGUACCGUAAGCGAUCAACCAAAGCAAAAAUAAAAAGACCUAUGACACGCUAAACCCGGGAAAGUGUAUAUAAACCAGUAUUGCAGUGUUUUACCAAGAUAUAACACCGAUCACAGUACAUGCAGUGUGCUGGUUACUACAAAAGCCAAUAAGGUCAUCGACAAUUCAGUCACAUGACUUGCUUCUGUACUUGUACAUUGCCGCAUCCCAACAGGGUAUGGAUAACAUUUUUGGAGAAAAAAUAAUAAUAAUCUUGAGAAGGUAUGACACUUUGACCUUCCACACAACUCCCAACGAAACACACAGAUGUUAAACACCCCUGGAAGCGGACUUGAAUUCAGUCACACGCGAGAAAGGGAAAGCACAUUUCAAGGGUUAACGUACAUCAACCCUUUCCAACCCUUUCAGGUGCAUUGGAGGAAGAAACAAUAAAGUUCAAGUCAAAAGAACCCCCACUACACUGUGCUUGCAAAGUAGCACCAUUUAUUGAUUGUAAUACCGUUUCUGCCUUUUGGCCUUUGCCAGAAAAUCUGGGUUCUGAUCUGGGUUGACAAUUCAUUGUCUUGUCAGUCCUUACACCUAUAGCUCCAUCUUUGAAAUUGAUCGUGGUUACAUUUUCAAAUGUACAUUUUUACAAAUCUCUCCGAGGUUGUUAGGUGUUGAGUUAAGGUUGCUUACUGCAUCAAUGCUACUGCUUACCCUCAUGCUUCGCUCUAUUUCUCUCUUUCAAUCUCUUUCGGUCUCAAUUUCUCUUUUUUUGCUCUCUUUGUGUCUCCUUGCCCACGCUCUCUGAGGGUCAACCUUUAAGUGUAGGAUUGGCCUUAGUGAGAGGUGUGUAUAAGUACACCUUAAAAACAAAGGUGUGUCAGAGAACUUCUACCAAGACUGCUACUGAGUGCGCCCAAGCCGUUUCCAGUAGACCAACAUUAUGGCCACACAGUGCAAGUCUACAGUACCUUCUAUUUACCAUCAGCUUGUGUCUGGCUGCUGGGAGCUUGGCCCAUAUACCUCCUCUAUGCAGUAAGUCAGAGAAUGUUUAUUCUUUGUAAAUUUAACUAGAUGGUAAAAUAAUUCAUUCAUUCAAUGUCACCAGAUUAAAGAAUAAAUAAAGAGGGGGGGGGGGGGGUGCGAGGUUGCAUUUCUAUUUGAGAAAUAGUUUUCUAGCUUUUGGUGUAACUAUAUACUUGAAAUUCAUAUGUUUUUUUGUUUUUUUUACAGUCUCACCACCAUUGAUGGACGGCAUUGGAAAUAAGGUUCGAGGGGGUGUGGUAUAUGGCCAAUAUACCACGGCUUGGGGCUGUUCUUAAUCACAACGCAAUGCGGACUGCCUGGAUACAGCCCGUAGUAGUGGUAUAUUGGCCAUAUACCACAAACCCCCAAGGUGCAUUAUUGCUAUUAUAAACUGGUUACCAAUGUAAUUAGAGCAGUAAAAAAACAUUUUUUUUGUCAUACCUGUGGUAUACGCUCUGAUAUACCACGGCUUUCAGCCAAUCAGCAUUCAGGGCUCGAACCACCCAGUUAAUAAUAAACUAUAAACUAUCCAUAGGUCUAUUACUGUAUGUAUGUUUGAAUCUGAUACCUACAAAAAUAAAUCAUCUUUAAUUAAAACAUGGGAUGUUUUUGUGAAAAUUUCAAAUAUAUAAUCUCCACGAUGGUAUUCAAGCCAAAUACGGCUAUUCACCCACAAUCAGAACACCAUCCACUGCUGGCUGGACAACCAUAAAGAUCAGCAUACUACACAACACAAAGCAUGCCCACUGUAUGGA